AUGAGACUUGAUUUCACCUUCAUCGCGCUGGUGGCAAUUGCUGGUGUCAGCGCUAUUAGCAGCCACCCACCAUCCAUCACAACUGCUGUCAACCCAACAACUGUGUCUACACAGCAGCCGGUCCCGACCAGAUAUAUGCUACCUAAUGAAGACCAUGAUUCUUCCUUAAGAGCAGAGGAAAUCAAACUCAAGCAGCAGGUAAUCACCUACGGAGAACCACUGAUAGGAGAUACAUCCUUCUUCCCCAAUGGAUCGUUAGGAACCCAGAUUUCUUUGCGCGAUCAGAGCUUGUGGGUAAAGGAUUCGGAGCCUGUUGCUCGAAUUGCAAUCAAUGAAAGUGCCGCGGCGCUUGAAGACAUCACCAAGCGCCUCUCGACCAAUCCUUACAUCAUUCGCCGUCUGAAUUACAAAAAGGACAAACUACCGUUCCCUCUCGACGAUGAAACAGUCAGGAAGAUUACUGGAACUACUCUCGACUCACUUCGUAGGGGCGGUCGUCUAUUCCUAGCCGACCACAGCUAUCAGAAAAAGUACGUCGCUCAACAAGGCCGAUACUCAGCUGCGUGCCAAGCGCUGUUCUACCUCGACAAGCGCUCGGACUACUUUCUUCCCCUGGCCAUCAAGAAGACCAACGUCGGCGCUGACCUUACAUACACCCCCUUGGACACAACAAACGAGUGGCUGCUGGCCAAGAUCAUGUUCAACGUCAACGACUUUUUCCACGGCCAGGUCUAUCAUCUCCUUAAUUCCCACGACGUUGCUGAGAUUGUUUAUCUAGCUGCCCUUCGCACGCUCAGCAGCCGUCAUCCUGUCCUCAACCUCCUGGAAAGGCUCAUGUACCAGGCUUAUGCUAUUCGACCCAUAGGUGACAGAGUGCUCUUCAACCCGGGUGGUUUCUUUGACCAGAACUUUGCUUUCUCAAAUGCAGCCGUACGCCAAUUUGGUGCAGAGUUCUAUCCGACUGUCGCCGGCCCGUUUCAAAGAAAUCAUUUUGAGGGCAACCUGCGAUCGCGUGGUCUACUACACUCCUCCUCUGGCCCAAAACUUCCUUAUUUCCCCUUCUAUGAAGAUGGGAAAGAGAUUAUUGGAGUCAUCCGUAAAUUCAUUGAAGCUUUCGUCGAGGCAACCUACGCGUCUGACCGAGUGCUAGCCAACGAUUGGGAGUUGCAAGCCUGGAUUACCGAAUCCAAUGGCCCUGCAAAAGUCAUCGACUUCCCAUCAGCGCCGCUGAGAAGCAGGAAACAGCUUAUUGAUAUUCUGACCCACAUGGCAUGGUUGACGGGUGUGUCGCACCAUGUCCUGAAUCAAGGUGAGCCCGUGACGGCGUCUGGCGUGUUACCACUUCAUCCCCUUUCUCUGUACGCGCCUCUUCCUACCAAGAAAGGCCGUAUCGAAAGCCUUCUUCCUUGGCUUCCCAACGAGCAAAAGUCUGUCGACCAGAUUACUCUUCUGGCACGAUUCAACAGGCCUCAGGUUGUCGAGAAAAAUCAGACUCUGCGGUACAUGUUCAACGCCGAAAGUCUUCUCGCCGGGACCAACAAGGCCGUCGCGGUGGUAAAUGACCGGUUCAUAAAAGACAUGGGUAGUAUCAGUAGGAAGAUCAGCGGGCGGCGGUUUGAUGGUGAGGGUUUAAGUCAGGGCAUGCCAUUCAUCUGGACCGGCAUGGACCCUGGAGUGAUUCCGUUCUACUUGAGUGUUUAG